AUUAGAGAUAUUCAUGAAGUACAUUUGCUAGUGCAAAACGUUCCAGGGAGAUUCACGAUUUGUUUCCCCAUUUGGAUUGGAUUCAUUGUAAAAGAGCAAGUGAAGGCCAUGAUUCGAUUUCCUCAAAACCGAGAAUUUACCAGAGAUCGAAGUAGAUAGUGAAUAUCGGUGAGCAAAUGGGUUCACAAGCAUCCUUACAAACAGCUAAGAUUUAUCGCCACCUUCUCAAGGCUGUCAAGAGACAUAUUGGCAAGGAAGACAGCAAGAGGCAUCUCCUGGAAUUCAUAACAUUGGAGUUUCGUAAAAACAGCAAUCUUUCUGAUUGUGUGGCCGUCCAAAAGAAGCUCAAGCUUGCUCGGGACUAUACUUUUUUGCUUAAUAGUGUGCACCAUCACAAGGAUCUAUUGUUCUCUUACAAUAUUGCUGUGGAUAGAACUGACGAAGUGAAAAGGGUCAUUGGAAAAUCUGCUGCUAGUGUGGGUCUUCGUCUUCCUGCGGCUUAUCAACCUUGCAGUUGCAGACGAGUGUGUUCAAGCAUAUUUUUCUUUCUCUCUUUCCUUUUCUUUUUUCCGUUACUAUCACCACUUUCAUGUAUAGUUAUGAUCUUAUUCGAACAAUAAAAUAAAUGUAACAUUUUUUUUUUGGGUCAUAAAGCAUAUAUACCUAU